GCAGCAGCACUACUGUUCUUCAUAAUUCCAAGGUAAUUAAGCUAGCAAGCAAGCAACAGAGAUCGAUCGAUCGAUCGAUCAAUGGCGGCGUCGUGGAGCGAGAGUGAAAACGCGAGGUUCGAGCAGGCGCUGGCGACGUACGACAGCGACAAUCCCAACCGGUGGGAGCUCAUCGCCACGGCGGUCGGCGGCGGCAAGACGGCCGACGACGUCAGGCGCCACUACGACCACCUCCAACACGACGUCACCACCAUCGACGACGACCACUCCCACGCCGCCGGCGAAGCCCUCCCCAACGGCAACAACAACAAUAAUACUAACAAAGGAAACCGAAACCAGGCAUGAUCGAUCGAUCGACGACGGCCGGUGAUGGUGCACGCAAUUGCUUAAGCUUUCAUGGUUAAAUAUUUUUUUUCACAUAAAAGUAAAAAAAAAAACAUGAUCGAUCGAUGCGGACCUUAUAUUGAUCCAUGCAUAUUGGCCUAAAUAUAUAUGUAUGAGCCAAUGUUGCAUCUGGCCACGUACCUGCGCCAAUAUUGGAGUAUUUGGUAUUUAUACGGUACGUAUGACAACUUUGUGCUUGCAUCUCCAUCAAUAUAUUAUUACUA